UGUCACGAGUGUGUUUCGAAUCCAAAAUAAAAUGUUGUUUAAAAAAUCAACUGUGUUACACAGAGUUGACACCAACCCUCCAAUAUUGUUUGUUGAUAAUGUUCUUCAUUCUACCAAACUGGUGAACGAUAUUCGCCGUCAGCGAGAAGUUGCUAGACAAAACAAGGAUCUGCUGAAACGAAUUAACCGAAUCAACCGGACAAAGGGAUUCCUGGGAAUCACGUACGGAUACAAAGCGAAAAAAUUCUUAAAUUGGGAAUCUCGCGAAUACGAAGCAAAACGAAUACAUCAGGAAAAUCUGUUCUUAUUGCAGCGUAUUUUGGAUGUGUCCCCAGAAAUUAUUACAAAGGAACAAGAGAUGUUUUAUCAAAAAAUGCUCAAGUACCGUAGAAUAUGCUCGAAAAGUAUGAAACCUAGAGAACAUCACCGCAGGAAGGCAAAAGACCUGACAUCGUAUUACAGUGCCUUGAUGGAAUGCUACGUGUGCAACGAUCGCAGGAUCGGAAGUUUGAACAUUAAUCUGCUAAAAACUGACGUCUCGAAUUAUUUACUGGAUGAAGGGAUUAGUCUUGUCAAAGGUCAAAUCUAUCGUAUUUAUAAGGAUCAGUACAUCAUUAUUCGAGGUCACAUUAGUCUUUCAAACACGAAUCUAGAUCACAGAAAGCAGUUGAUCGAACAUGUUGAACGAGGAUCCCUACUGAGAGCUAUUAUCAAUGAACAACCAGCAUUGGUUCUAACGUUGACCUCGUUUCAACGGUUAGCCAACUGCCAGGUUCUUGGCAUAGUUGAUUCGUCCAGUGAAAAAAUGUUGGAUUUAUUAAACUAUUACGGAACCACUUGGGGUAGGACAAUCGAGCCCAUCGGUUUUCGGAUUAAAAUAAAAGUAUAG